AAUAAAAUCACAUACCGUACGUGGAGGGUGUGUGUAGAGGAGAAGGAGAGGAGUGAGGUGGCGGGGGGCGGUGUGGAGAUGGCGGAGACGACGUCGUUUCUGAGGAACAGGUACUGGGUGCUGAGGCACGGGAAGAGCAUUCCGAAUGAGAGAGGCAUCAUUGUUUCUUCCAUGGAAAAUGGUACCCGCCCAGAAUAUCAAUUGGCGCCAGAAGGCGUAAGUCAGGCACAAUCAGCUGGACAAUCAUUCCAAAAGGUGCUUGAGGAAAACAACGUCCCACUUGAUAAUGUUCGGAUUUGCUACUCUCCGUUUUCGAGAACAAGUCAGACUGCUCAAGUUGUUGCAUCUGUCUUGAACAUUCCAUUUGAGGGGGCUCAAUGCAAGGUGAUGGAAAAUCUUCGCGAACGCUUCUUUGGUCCUUCGUAUGAGCUUUUGUCACAUGAUAAAUAUCACGAUAUAUGGGCUCUUGACCAGAAAGAUCCACUCAUGAGGCCGGCAGAGGGAGGAGAGAGUGUCGAUGAUGUUGCGUGCAGACUUGCAGAAGCAAUGGAAACUAUGGAGUCACAAUUUCAAGGGUGCAUGAUCUUAGUUGUUAGUCACGGCGAUACCCUACAAAUCUUGCAGACGAUACUCAAUGCUGCCAAGCUAAACGCGGGAUCCAGUUACACUGACCUGUCAUCAAGAAUUCAAGCAGUUCGAACCCCUCCCAUCUUAUCACAGCACCGGAAGUUUUCCCUGCUUACUGCAGAGCUCCGGGCAGUGAUAUAAGUAUUAUCUGCGAGGAAACUUUCAUCUUUUGUUUGUACUUUGUCAAAAACUAAGAUUAUGGAUGGUAAGUAAAGUAUAUGCACAACUCAGCACGGAGGCUUUGCUUUGAUUGACCA